AGUGUUUUUUUUUCAAGUUUUGAACUGUGGCUCCGUCCCGCUCAGGAGCGAGUGACGCUCCUCCUCCUCUUCUUCUUAUAUCACUAUCACUCUCUCUCUCUCUCUCUCUCUCUAAACUCUCACAUCACACUUUCUUUCUCAAUUUCACCUUUUUCUUCUACUCUACUGAGUAUAGGUUUGUAUGAUUUACAUAUUUUGAAGUGGAUUUGGGUUGCUCUUCUUGUUCGAGGUGCGCGAUAUGAGUAGAGUAAGCAGCAGUACAUUGCGUGCCAAAGGCGGAGAGCUUCCACCCAGAAUUACGAGAUCAAGGGCGAGGGUUUUGGAGUCUUGUUGUGAGAAUGAAGGGAAGAAUGUUAACAGAGCUGUGAGUUCUAAAAGAGGUGUUUCUUCUGAGAAUAAGACUUGUGUGGUUGUUCCUGAUGUUCCUAGCCGGAAGAGAAGGGCAGGGCUUACAGAUGUUACUAACAUCGGUGCAAAACCGCGUGAUAAGCGUGUUAAACAGUCUCAGUUUCAGGCCAAAGAAGUUUACCGAAAGAAAAACACAAAGCUAACUUCAGAUGUCUCCGUUGAAGUUUCUUCAGCACAAGGGGGUGGUAAAGCAAUGGUAGGGUCGAAUGACACUAUUGCUGCUGUAACUUUGGAUGAAGAGCCAACUGGACAUUGUAUGUCCGACAACAUUCGAGAACAUGUUAUGACAGACACUGCACUCUCGAUGCAAGAAUCUGUGAACUCUGGUGAACUUCAAACCUCUUCAAGUCCAAACACAGAUAUAAAUAUUAUUUGUGAGAAGCCAGGAGCCUCAGAUUGCUUGACCGUUGUGGACAUUGAUAAAGAGUUAAAGGAUUCUCAAGUUUGGAGUGAUUAUGCCCCCGAUAUUUACUGCAAAGCACGAGUAACUGAGCUUGAAAAAAGGUCAUCAACCAAUUACAUGGAGAGAUUGCAGCAAGAUAUUUCUCCAAGCAUGCGCGGGAUUCUGAUUGAUUGGCUUGUGGAGGUUUCGGAGGAAUACAAGUUGGUUCCAGACACUCUAUACCUUACCGUUAACCUCAUUGAUCGGUUUCUCUCGACAUGUUUGAUUCAGAAACACAAGCUUCAAUUGCUUGGCGUUACUUGUAUGUUCAUUGCAUCAAAGUACGAAGAGAUUUGUGCUCCUCGAGUGGAAGAAUUUUGCUUCAUCACAGAUAAUACAUACACAAAAGCAGAGGUAGUGAAAAUGGAGAAGGAAGUUCUUAACCUUCUGCGCUUUCAGUUAUCUGUUCCCACAACCAAAACUUUUCUCAGGAGAUUCAUUCAAGCAGCACAAUCUUCUUACAAGGAUCCUCGUGUUGAACUGGAAUUCCUGGCAAAUUAUUUAGCAGAGCUUACUCUUGUUGAAUACAGCUUCUUACAGUUUCUACCUUCUCUUGUGGCUGCUUCUGCUGUAUUCCUUGCGAGAUGGACCCUCAACCACUCGGAACAUCCAUGGACUCCAACUCUGGAGCAUUAUACAAACUGCAAAGCUUCAGAGCUAAAAACCGUCGUUCUUGCAAUGAAAGAUCUGCAGCUUAAUACCAAAGGUUGUUCCCUCAAUGCUAUUCGUGAGAAAUAUAAACACGAGAAGUUCAACUGUGUGGCAAACCUAUCUCCCAAACCGGUGCAGUCAUUGUUCUAGGUUCAACUGUAAAUGAUGCAUUUCUAAAGACUCAAGCAUGACUUGGAAAUUUCCAUACAGUGAGGGUGGUGUUAUCAUCAAUUGUGAUAUAUUUUACCCUUUACUUAUUUGUUACGUAGUUGUAACAUGUAGAAUGAUAUCGAUUUUUAGUUUGUCUAGAUCUCUUUGUAACAUUUUGAAGUUGAAUACUAACAUGAACUGAAGUACUAAAGUAAAUUAAAAUACUUCUUUUUGAAGUUGCCA